AUGGAGAACAACCGCAGCAAUUUUCCCGCUGCCCUGAUGCAUUUGUUUUACUACCAGCAGGGCUUGUUCGCAGAAGAGGACACAAGUUCGACCUGGAACUUGCUGGGUCAGGUUGUGUCUCCAACAACUCCACCGCUACAACCUGCGGAGACACCGCCUGGUGUCGAGGAGCUUCAGAUACCUCGUGGCGAAAGCGCUGAAGCAGGUGCCCCCGAGGAAUCUGAAGAUCGUGAGAGCAGACUCAGGUUGCUUCGGACCAGGCGGGCAGAGCUCGAGGCCAAGUUGCAGGCGGGCGCGCUGCGUGCAGAGAACGAGGUCCUCGAAGAUCGCGUGAUGCGUGCUCAGGAGGAUUUCUUGGGCUUGCAAGCGGAGUUCAAGACCAUGAAGGAGCAGCACAAUGAGCGCCUGGAUGCACUUCGGGUGGCUCUGGAGGAUCAACAAAAGGCGGCCGAGCAAGCGGACCGGCGGGUGGUCUGUGCAGAGGAUCUGGUGCGGUUCCAUCAAGAGCAGAGGAGGAUGAUGGCGAGCCACUGGAAGCAGCAGUGCCAGAUGAAGGACGAGAGAAUCCGGUACUUGAAUCUUCAGCUCACCGAGUACACGGUCGACUGGCAGCAGCUCGGUGUCCAGAGGCAAACCGAGGCCAGGCUUCUUCAUGGUGGCCGCUGA